AACUCUACUAGAGGUGAGAUGUGGGCAUGAGGAACUGCAUGCACAGCUUGGAUGUGGCAGCAGCUCGCCCAGACCUCAGCUGGCCACCCUGCUGUGACUGGAAGGGUUUCGCAAAAGCUGCUGUGGACAGCGAAGGAACCCGGAGAUGAAGGACUGAAGACAGCCCCUGUGCACACAUGCUCUGGAAGCGUGAUAGCAGCAGGGCUCCCAUCUCUGGAAGCUUCACCCCAGUGCUGCAGGGCACACUGCUCCUGUUAUGAGGAAAAAAAAAAAAAAAAAAAACAAAACAAGGAACUGCUUAGAAGUGUGUCUUGAACUCUUCCGUGCAUCACACAACCGCUGUGUUUUGGUAUAUCCUGCUUUAACUCCUGGCCGAAAAUCUGCCACAGCCAAAAAUGACUUGAGUUGAAGACCUACCGUUUUGUCCGACAGGACCAGCUUCGUGCCCUGUGUUAGUUGUCCCAUUUGGAUGCAGCAUACACUAUGGUUCACAUCAAUGUGCUGAAAAAAAUUAUGUGUGUUCUUGUGGUGAUACUGAUAGCUCUGACAGUUUGCCUUUGGAAAGAGACAAGAGGAAGCUACUAUGUUCCUUUCAAGACUGAGAACGAUGAUUCACAGAUUCACAGGACUUCAGAAAAGUGGAACCUACUUAAAUCACAGAAACUUGUCCAUGAAGCAGCUGGUGGAAUGGGUCAGAUGCCUAAAACUUUGCUCAGUAAUGAAAAUAAAGUAAAAGGCAGCUUCUCUGGAACAGUGGAAAAGUCCAAGAAAGCAUCAGACUAUGUGAAGGUAUGGGAUAAGGACAGCUCAUCACGAAAUCUUAUACCCAGGCUGCAGAAGGUCAGAAAGAACUACCUAUCCAUGAACAAGUACAAUGUGACUUACGGUGGGAAGAAGAACCCUGCUAAACUCAGCCCAGAGCAGCUGCUGUGCCAGCUACGGGACAGGGUGAAUGUGUCGAUGAUACAUGGAUCAGAUGGUCCAUUUAAUACCUCCGAGUGGCUGCGAUACCUGCCGGAGAAAAGCCUCAAUGAAACGGUGGGCCGCCUGGGUCGCUGUGCUGUCGUGUCCUCAGCGGGGUCUCUGAAAUCAUCUCAUUUGGGACCAGAGAUAGACAGCCAUGAUGCCGUCUUGCGCUUUAAUGGGGCUCCUGUCAAAGGAUUUCAAGAAGACGUGGGGCAAAAGACAACGAUUCGUCUCGUUAACUCCCAGCUUGUCACCGUUGAGCAGCAGCACUUCCUGAGGGAUGCACUAUAUAACACCGGAAUCUUAAUUAUCUGGGAUCCAGCACCGUAUCAUGCAGAAAUUCAUGAGUGGUACAGAAAACCAGACUACAAGUUUUUUGAAACCUACAAGUUGUAUCGUAUUAGACAUCCAGAGCAGCCCUUCUAUAUCCUGAAUCCAAAAAUGCAGUGGCAACUCUGGGAUAUUAUUCAGGAGAAUUCUCUGGAGCAUAUUCAGCCUAACCCCCCAUCUUCAGGAACGCUUGGCAUUCUGAUCAUGAUGACGCUCUGUGACGAAGUGGACGUGUAUGAAUUCCUCCCUUCCAAACGGCAGACUGAUAUUUGCCACUACUACCAGAAGUUUCACGACCGUGCCUGUACCAUGGGAGCUUACCACCCUCUCUUGUUUGAGAAAAACCUGGUGAAGCAUAUAAACCAGGGCACAGAUGAGGACAUUUACACUCACGGGAAAGUUACUUUGCCUGGCUUCCGAAACGUGCAUUGCUAGCAAAUCAAUUUUUAGUGUGUUUAGAACUUUAUCUUGACUGUUAAAGCACUUUUAAAAUCUGGGUUGUCAGAUUUGUUAAGUCUAAGCACUGGUGUGUUUUGACAGCUCUUCCCUGUUGCAACACUUGCUCUUAGGACUUUGUUGCAUAACUUCUCCGAACCGUGAGGCAGUGCAAUACAUUGUGGUACGUCCACACGGUACCUGCGUGAGCCACUGCAAUAAAUUUACUCCUUGUGGAGCAAGGCUCUUGCGGCCGGUGGAUACCCCUGUCUUCAUCUCAGCUGCUGAUGGUGUGUGGGAAACAGAUGCUUUCUAAGCAGAGAUUGCACAAGUCUGGAUUAAAUGCUGAUAAGGUUCAGGUUGCUUCAGAGGGAUUAUGACAGCUGGAAACCUGGUCCAUUGAGAAACAAGAAACCUUAAAACUCAUUCCCAUCAUCUUAGAGCUCCUGGGAGCAGGGCUGAUUUAUGGAAAUACUGUCAAAGCUGGGUAUUGAUAAGCUAAAAUCUUAGUCCAAAAUAUUUGAUUUUACAAACAGUUAAAAUAACCAUGGCAUAUUAUUUUCAAACUGUAAGAGUUUUGAAAUCAUUCAGGUGGCAUUUUUGGCAAAUGAAGAGGGAGGCAACUCAUGAUUCAGUAAUUUGUGCAAGAUAUAUUUAGACUUUUUAGUUGUUGAUUUUUUUUUAAUAAUUUUAAACAUAUUUUUUUAACAUUUACUUCUCCAAUAUAGUGUUGUGCUUGGUACAAGAGAACCCUGAUUUGAAAAUCUGUUGGGGUUGAUGUUCGAAGGCACAAAUGGGGAAACUCACUGGAAGCUGGUACUUCUUUCCAACUCUCUGCUGGUCUACCUUUGUAGUUAUUGGCAAAUUAUUUUCUGGCAUGUUUUUAGUAACAAAAAUGCCACGUAGCUGCUGGCCAGAUGAUAUCCAGUUCUCUUCAAACUAACCAAGGCAAUCUCAUAGCAGUUUUGUGCUUUCUGAAUACAUGGGGAGCAGAUGCAUUGCCUCCAUUUUUCAUCAGCACUGGGGAGGGAGAGAGUGCUCUGCUUCUUAUGCUAAAUCCUAGGCAGAGUUGAGGAGGGCACCUUUUCCCUCCUCUUUAUGAGGCAACUCUCCUGUGGCGUCAUGGUGGAAGUAGCAGCUCCACAAUCUCUGUACUUCAGUGAGAACACCUUCUGUGUCCUUUUCCAUACUAAUGUAUUCCAUGAUGUCUGUAAAGAAAGCCUUUUCUUCUCCUGUUUUGAAUAAAUCCUGUGAAGUCGCUGGCCCAUUCUUA